AUGAUACCAAAAGUUGGAAUAGAAGAUGAUGCUUAUAACUUUUAUAAUGCUUAUGCUUACAAGGUUGGUUUUGGCAUUCGAAGGAGUAAGGGACAUAAAGAUCAAAGUGGAAAGAUGAAAAAUAGAACUUUUUGUUGUUAUUGUGAAGGCUUUCGGGAAAAGGAUAAACGAAAUAUUAAUGUUAAAUCUCAUCAUGCUGAAACAAGAUUUGGUUGUUUAGCUAGAAUGAAAAUAAAUUUGGAUCCGACUGGUAAAUAUCGUAUUACCGAUUUCAUUGCCCAACAUACACAUGUGACAUCAACUCCCAGUAAAAGUCAUUUGCAUAGGUCUCAGAGGAAGUUAACUUUUGUCCAAAUAGCUGAAAUAGAUGUAGCUGAUCGUUCAGGAAUUGCUCAUAAAGCAAGUUUGGAGUUAAUGGCUAAGCGAGUUGGUAGAUAUGAAAAUCUUGGAUUUAUUCGUGAUGAUUACAAGAAUUACUUGAAAACGAAAAGAACAAUUCAAUUGAAGGUAGGAGAGACAGGUGGUGUUUUGGAAUACUUACAAUCUAUGCAAUUGGAAUAUCCUUACUUUUUUUAUGCAAUACAAGCGGAUCAAGAUGAUUUGAUAAUUAAUAUUUUCCGGGUAGAUGCAAAAAUGAUGAUUGCGUACUCUGAUUUUGGCGAUGUAGUUAGCUUUGAUACAACUUAUAGGAAAAAUCAAAGUGGUCGACCUUUUGCUAUGUUUCUAGGGGUGAACCACCAUAAGCAAACUACUAUAUUUGGAGCUGCAUUAUUAUACGAUGAAAGUGCUGAAACAUUUAUCUGGUUGUUUGAUACUUUUGUAAAAGCAAUGUCAGGUAAAAAACCAAAAACUAUUCUUAUUGACCAAGAUCCAGCAAUGGCAAAAGCAUUAACUUCUCAAUGGCCAGAAACAUGUCAUCGCUGCAUAUAUGAUUAUGAAGAAAAACAACAAUUUUUUCUAGCUUGGAAUGCAAUGCUUGAGAAAUAUGAUCUUAAAGAUAAUGAUUGGCUUAUACGAAUGAGGUUAAUUGAAGAUCGUCGUUAUGAAGAACUAAAGGCUGAUUUCAAAGUAAUUCAAAGUACUCCAUCGUUAUCAUUUCCAGUUGAAAUUCUAAAAGAUGCAGCAAGUAUUUACACCCCAACAGUAUUCAAGGUGUUCCAAGAUGAGUUAUGUAAGGCUUAUGAUUUUGCUAUGAAAAUAUUUGAUCAUAUUGGGACAGUGACGGAGUACAAACUUACCAAUCAUAAAAAACAAUUUCAGCAUACUAUUAGAUAUGAUUUUUCUGAUAACACAGUGAUUUGCAGUUGUACAAAGUUUGAGUUUACAGGAAUUUUGUGCUCCCAUGCUCUUAAAGUUCUUUCUUCAAAGGAUAUAAAGAAAAUUCAUAUUGCAAACUCAAGUGGCAACGAAGACAGCAGAAACAGAAGAACAUAUAAAAUUGCAAGAAAUGCUCUUGCUAAGAUUUUAGAAGAUGUGGAUGCAUAUUUAAAAGAAAAUAAUAUUGGAAAAUCCAUUUCUAAAAUCAUAGAGGCUACAACCGUACCAAGUGCUAGUGAGAAGAUUAAAGGAAUUAAAAAUAAGGAAAGAGUACAUGGAAAAUCUACAAGGCCAAGAAAUGCUCUUGAAAGGGUGCAAAAGAAGAAAAAUGCUGCACUUGGAGAACCAUCUCAGCAACAGUCACAGCUAGUGAAAUAG